AUGCCAGCGACGAGGCGCAAGCCAGCCAGUCGUCGCCAACAACCGACCCGAGCGAGGUCUGACACUCCCGCUCCUUCGCCCGCAAGUCCACCGCCAACCGACGACGGCUUGCCCGACCGCGACGCUUUCGAAGCGAGUGUCGACGAGUACCUCGCGAGCCUGCACUGGACGAAACAGAGGAAAGCUUUGCUCGACCGCGAGCUCUACGACCUGACACUCCACGUUCUCCAAAACCCCUUCGACACCUCUCACGGCUCAGACUGGGAUCGACACUGGAUCCGCACGGCCUUUGAGCUUGGCGAGAAAGACGGCGUUCCUGUCCCGCUUCGCAAGUCGCGUGGCAGCACGCCUUGUGCGUCGAGGGAGGAGAUCUACGAUGCGUUGACGCUCGCGCACAUCGAGACGGGGCAUGGAGGGAGGGACAAGACGUUCAGGAGGGUCAAGGAGACUUGGUCGUAUAUCCCGAAGGAAAUGGCGACUCGCUUCGUCAGGCUUUGCCCGACUUGCGCGUCUGAGGGUCCGAAGCUUCCUCGACUUCCCGUUCCGCCGGUCGAAGUGCCUCAGUCUCCGCCUCCAGCCUCAACCUCGACUUCGGAUGAGCCCUAUCGCCCGCGCUUCUUCCCAGUCCCUCCUUUCGCCUCUGUCCACCGCGCCCAGCCCGUCCCCUCGUUCUUGGAGACCGUCCUCGCCUUUCCGACUUUUCCUUCCUCUCUCCCUCAGCCCGCAUCGGAGCAGUCGCUCUCGUGCUCUCCCGUCUACCCAAGGAUAUCCGCAUCCGCCGGCAUCGGGAACAACGCUCCGCAGCAGACGCACCCGUCUUCCCUCCUCCAUUCUUCCGCCGCCUCGCCUUCGUUCAUCGACCCUGCCGCGCCUCUCCACCUCACAGCCAAAGCGCAGCCUCACGAGCCUUUCGGUUCUACCGCCCCUUCCCGCUGCUUUGGCCGAGAGAUCCAGCCUGCAGCAACCUCGUCCAGCAGUUCCGUCGGCUACAACAACCUAUACGACUUCGACUCACACGGCGAGAGCGUCCUUCACUACUACACACGAUCGCCGCCGCACUGGUCAAGCCAGCUGGACGAGUCGCAGGCUGCCUGGACGCUCGCUGGACUCGCGGCUUUCGGCGACGGUUCGCACGACUGGACCGCUCGCCUCUGA